CCGCCUUUUCCGUCUCCACUCCACUCAUCGACCUCCUCAUCUCUCCUCUACCAAAACUGUACCGCCAGAAUUGUACUGCCUUCCCUGGCUGAUCGGUGAUCGCCGAUCAGCUUCUGACCUUCUACUUGCACCUUAAACCUGCAACUAUACGCUGAUGGAGAAGAUGCGGGCGGCAGGGGAGGCGCCGCCGACGCAGCAGCAGCAGCAGCUGCCUCCGGGGUUCCGGUUCUACCCCACCGACGUGGAGCUGGUGCUGCAGUACCUCCGCCGCAUGGCCCUCGACCGCCCGCUGCCCGCCGCCGUCAUCCCCGUCGUGCACGCCGCCGCCAUGCCCGACCCCUGGGACCUCCCCGGCGCGAGCGAGGGGGAAUCGGCCUACUUCUUCAGCCAGAGGCAAGGCCGUGGCGGGCGGCGGAGGAGGGCGGCCGGCGGGUACUGGAAGGCCACGGGGAAGGAGAAGCCGGUGUUCGUGCAGCUGCCGGUUGGCAAGCGGCUGCUCGUCGGCGUCAAGACGGCGCUCGCCUUCCACCGCGGCAAGUCGCGCACGGACUGGGUCAUGCACGAGUACCGCCUCGCCGGCGCGGCGGAACAGAACAAGGGUGCCAAUGACGGCUCGCAGAGCAGCGAAUGGGUCGUGUGCCGGGUGUCUCUGAAAAGCAGAGCAAGGAGGACGGCAGCCGGCGGCGAGACGACCGGCGAUCACCAGCAGGAGCAGCCAUCACCGUCGCCGUCUUCGACCUCGAGCUGCAUCACGGACCACGCUUGUCACGCUCCAGACCAAGAAGAGGUCAGCAGCAGCACAACUAGCCAUUGCCAGCAGCAUCCAAGACGCUAAGCUCCAGCUGCUGCUGCAGUGCGAUCAUGCCUCCCAAAGAGAGGCCUAGCCAGGCAUUUAAAUUCCAGCCUUCCUUGUACCUGUCCUUGUAUACGUACGGCCGCAGCGCCAUGAUAACCAUGAGAAUUGGGUUGAAGUCUUGAAGAGAAGAAACCUCCAUUAAAGCA